GGCGGUCGGGGUGCUCGCUGGCUGGGGGACGGCGGCCGCCGCCAUGAUGCUUGUUUGCUUUCAAUGAAAACGAGGGGGGCGCGAAGGAGGAGGCGGCGGCGUCCGUGGCGGCGGCGUCGGCGGCGGGGAGGCGAAGGCGGCAGUGGGCGCAGCGAGGAGGGCGAGGCCGGGGGCCGAGAGGGCGGGAGGGCGUAGUGGCGGCCCGUCGGGGCGGCUGAGGCGGGCGGCUGACGCGGUGGCGCUUCGGAGGGGGAACAAAGAGCGGCGGCUGAGGCGGCGGAGGAGCGGCGGCGGCGGCGCUGCAGCAGCGGGCGGGACUGGUAUGGUGGUUCCACAGGUCAGACCCCGCUGCACUCACAGGGAGGAGGCGGCGGCAGCGGCGGAGGAAGGCGGCGCACCCCGAGAGGCAUGCCCAAAGAAAAGUACGAGCCCCCUGACCCUAGGAGGAUGUACACAAUUAUGUCCUCUGAGGAAGCAGCAAAUGGAAAGAAAUCACAUUGGGCAGAACUUGAAAUAAGUGGAAAAGUAAGAAGCUUAAGCUCCUCUUUGUGGUCACUAACUCACUUGACAGCUUUGCAUCUGAGUGACAAUUCCCUGUCCCGCAUUCCUUCAGACAUUGCCAAGCUUCACAAUCUGGUGUAUCUGGACCUGUCCUCCAAUAAAAUCCGGAGUUUACCGGCAGAACUCGGAAACAUGGUAUCACUCAGGGAACUCCAUUUAAAUAACAACCUGUUACGAGUUCUACCUUUUGAGCUGGGAAAACUGUUUCAAUUGCAGACGUUGGGCCUGAAAGGAAAUCCACUUACCCAGGAUAUAUUGAACCUAUAUCUGGAACCAGAUGGAACAAGAAGGCUACUGAACUAUUUGCUUGAUAAUUUGGCAGGUACUGCAAAAAGAAUUUCAACAGAACAGCCACCUCCAAGAUCUUGGAUUAUGUUGCAAGAACCAGACAGAACAAGGCCAACUGCCUUGUUUUCUGUCAUGUGCUAUAAUGUUCUUUGUGAUAAAUAUGCGACCCGGCAGUUAUACGGCUACUGUCCGUCUUGGGCACUAAAUUGGGACUACAGGAAAAAGGCCAUUAUUCAAGAAAUUUUGAGCUGCAAUGCUGAUAUCAUAAGUCUUCAGGAGGUUGAAACAGAACAGUAUUACAGUUUUUUUCUGGUUGAACUGAAAGAACGUGGCUAUAAUGGAUUCUUUAGUCCUAAAUCUAGAGCUAGGACAAUGUCAGAACAAGAAAGGAAACAUGUCGAUGGCUGUGCAAUAUUCUUCAAGACAGAAAAAUUUACUUUGGUUCAGAAACACACUGUUGAAUUUAAUCAGCUAGCAAUGGCAAAUUCAGAAGGGUCUGAAGCUAUGCUGAACAGAGUCAUGACAAAAGAUAACAUUGGAGUUGCAGUACUGCUAGAACUUCGAAAGGAAUUGAUUGAAAUGUCAUCUGGAAAGCCACAUCUUGGAACAGAAAAACAACUUAUUCUUGUGGCUAACGCUCACAUGCAUUGGGACCCUGAGUACUCUGAUGUGAAGUUGGUUCAGACUAUGAUGUUCCUCUCAGAAGUGAAGAACAUUAUUGAUAAAGCCUCACGGAACCUCCAGUCCACUGUAUUGGGAGAGUUCGGUACUAUUCCACUGGUGUUAUGUGCAGAUCUUAAUUCUUUGCCAGAUUCUGGUGUUGUAGAAUAUUUAAGUACCGGUGGAGUAGAAACAAAUCAUAAAGACUUUAAGGAACUGAGAUAUAAUGAAAGUCUUACAAACUUCAGCUGUAAUGGGAAAAAUGGGACAACCAAUGGAAGGAUCACGCAUGGUUUCAAGUUGAAGAGUGCCUAUGAGAGUGGCCUGAUGCCUUACACAAAUUACACGUUCGAUUUCAAGGGUAUAAUUGACUACAUCUUCUAUUCGAAACCUCAGCUGAACACUUUAGGCAUCCUGGGACCUCUGGACCACCAUUGGUUAGUUGAGAAUAAUAUCAGCGGCUGCCCACACCCACUCAUCCCCUCCGACCACUUCUCACUUUUUGCACAACUGGAGCUCUUACUGCCUUUCCUGCCCCAAGUUAACGGCAUUCACCUUCCUGGCAGGAGGUAGUCAAGUACCUUCAGAGGACGACCUCAAUUCACUUGUAAACUCAUAAAAUCUGAAUAUAGGGGAGUGAGGUAUGGCCACCAGGGUUUGGUUUUGUUUUGUUUCUUUUUUCCUUUUCCUUGAUGAUUUGAAUUUUCAACCUUGAUUAUUUGAUAAGGAUAUAGUAUGAAAGCCAGGUGCUAGCAACAGACAAAUUCUGAGCCCAAUAUGCUUUAUAUACUGUUAGACAGGGAUUGGUGUGUUUACACCUCUCUUUAAUUUGUUACAAGUAAUUUUCCUGUUUCUUCUAUCCAAUAUAAUAUUUUCAUGCCUUGAAAUAGGAAAAUGUUUGAACAGCAUAUUCUCUUUGCACAGAAAUCUGUAGCACUACUUUUUUGAGGCCAGUAAUAACAUCCAGAGACCAUUCUUCCAUACUUUACUCCCUCCCUUUUCAGACUUGUUUGUAAAAUAGAGACUUUGAAUUUAGCCUUUAUGAUUGUAUAUGAUCCACAGAAGACCUGAUUUAUGAAAUUUUGUACUAAAAAAAAUCAGAUUUGGAAAUGAUUGUAUUGUAAACUAAGGCUAAGUUUUUUUACUGUUUCAUGUGUUAUAAAGGCCAGCGUGUAAAAGAAGUUGCAACAGACUUUCUCUGCUGAUGAUUUGCACUGUUGGGGUUCUGUUGGCCCUUUUGUACUACUUUAUUUUUAAACUGAGAACAUGGCUCUUUAAAUCUAAAUCUGCUUGAAGCUUUGGACAUUUUCUCAGACCAGAGGCAACUUAUCCAUGAAUCCUGGGUUUUUACACAAGCUAUCUACCAGGACAGAGAAGCUGAGCAGUGAAUGAUCUGUAGGCAUUUAUGGACUGAAUGUAAUGGUUGAUAUAUGUACAUUCUGAUAUUUUUAAAUCUUUAACUUUUUUAAGUUAAAAAAUUAACAGCUGCUUGGAUGCAGCUUCUUAACUCCUUUUUGAGACACUUGCUGUCCUCUCUCCACUGUGCCUGCCUAAAGUCGUUCUCACCGAGCACUGCCUGUGCAUGCAGAGAGAAUCUGUGCAUCCUCUUUUAUAUUUUUUAAAUACUGUUGAACAUUUGUGAGAAUUUUAUGAAAACGCUUUUGUAUAAGCUGCGGCUUUUUUCCCAUUGCGAAGCAUUGAAUAUCACAUCUUGGAACAUGUUCAUGGGGUGGGUCCCCGGGUCUUUGCUCAGCAGACCCAGGCACUGUUUCUUGGUGUCAUUGCUCAGUGCCGUCCGCCACCCAGAGUACGGCUAUCAUGUGAAGUCUUUCUGUUUUCCAUGGAUUCCUUCGUCUCCGUGUUUUUUUUUUAAUCAUUCCUUUUUUUUUUUAAAGUGAAUUUUCCAUUUAUGAAGCAGUGUAAAUGAGAUGUAUUUUCAAAACCGGUCCCUAAGACAAUUCUUCAGAUCAUUUAUAAAGUGACAAAGUCAUUUUAGUAGGUCAACCAAGAUAAAAAAGUUCUGUUGUACCCUGGACUUUGCCCGUAGUGUCCGCAGUAGAUUAGAGAUUCAAGCCAACUUUUAACUUUGCAAAGUUAACUCGUAUGUAUUCUGUUCUCAUUCAUUCUUUUCUCAAAAAUCAAAUGAAUUCAGAGGGAACUUGGUCUAACUGCUUUUGUUUCAACUGCAGGCAGGGGAGCAAAAGGACAACAUGUGAGCAGUAAGAAAAAAAUGUUGAAAUGUUAUUAACAAUUUUUAUACAGAAAAGGAGUCAUUUUGAAUAAUGACUUAAAUUUUUAUGAAAAAUGUUCACUUAAAUGUGCUUAUUCUGUUUUUAAGAGAAAAUAAAAUUACAUACUGUUUAAAUAAAUGAUUUUUUUUUCUUUUUAAAAGAAUUUUCCCCAAAAGGUUUUGAUCUUGAAUCUUUGUCUGGGACCUGGUUUUUCCUUUGAGGUUUUUUAAGAUUUCGUUGUGACGGCUUUUUAUUUUUUGCUUUUUGUUGAAGUUGUGCUGACACCAAACACGUCCAGUUUAUAAUCAGUACAUUGGAAAGCUGGUAUUAUUGAUGUAGAACCAAUGCAUAACUUUUUAUGGGGUUUUUAUUUUAUUUUAUUUUAUUUUUUUUUGUAAAGUGUGAAAAAAAGGUGUGUUUACUCAUUUUUCCUAAACACUGUGUUGGUAAUGUGCAUCAUGACAAUUUCCAGCGAAGGCGAGCUGGAGCUGGUUGGACUGAUGAGGCAAGGAGACCGCUUUUCCUACAAUCUGCAUUAUGUGAUAACAGGUCCAGAGAGCUUUAUGGAGGGGGAGGGGAGAAGCACUUACUCGUUUGUAUUUGUUAAUGGAGGAUGUAUUCUUUUCAUAGAUGCUGGAACUAGAGUGCACUUGUUAGAUGCUAAAGGUUUGAGCUUUACACAAAAACGUUUUCAUCUGUAUUUGUUAUUGUCUGCAAUAUAUUUGAAUUUGGGGGCAGCAUAGUAAGAUAUAAGGGCCUGUUAAGUCUUGAAACUUUGUUCUUGCCUCUUCUGGGCAUACUGCAUUCUGUGGGUCAGUUUGAACAGCCUCUCCAUCUUAUUUAGGUAGUGAUAAAUUGAACCAGGAGUGUAGACUUAUGACUGUAACCUUCAAAAGAGGAAGAAAUAUUUUGGGUCUGUAGGGAAUAAACAGUCACACCAAAAUAGAUACUUCUGUUAAGCAAGGUUUUGUGUUCUAAAUAUUUUCUGUGUCCUGGAUAAUUUCCAAUAAUCCAUACUCUUUAAAAUGCAAUAAAAACUAGUAUGUUUUCUCAGUAUAGAUUUUUUUUCAAAAUUCUGUAACAAAUAUAUUUAAUGUGGUGUUGCCAUAAUGUAAUCUCAGUGUUCUUGCUGGAUAAAUCCGUUUUAUGAAUGUUUUACAGAAAAUUUGGGGUAUGUUUUCUGUUUUUACUGAUCAGAAAUUUGGAGGCACACAAUUCCUUGUUGUAAAUCUCUUGAAGUACAUUUUACCGUAUUGUUGGUAAUUAUUUAUGCAUUGAGAAUUUAAAUAAUGUUCAUCAAAAUUAAUUUAUGGCAUAAUUUAAAGUUAUAGAAAUAAAUUGUUGAUUGCAACUUUACUAGUCCUAGAAGACAGGCAAGGGACAUCUCCAAGAAAUGUGUUUUCCUUCUUGAUUGGUGACCGCCAGGAAAACUUAUUUUGAGUUAGCACUUUGAAACCUAAGGACAUUAUUAAAUUGGGUUGGGAUGCACUUCUAAAUGUUGAAAUUAACCUUUCAAAGCUCUUCUAAGGUCCAGGUUUUCAGUAAUAAAUUCCAGUUGUAGUAUUCCAUUUUUUUACUGUUUAAAUUCAUGGAAUUAGUUUCCAUAGUGAUUUAAGGUUUGGGGGUCAUGUCAUAUAGAAGACAAAAGCCAACCUAGGCAAAAUAGUUACAGCUGUGUGUUCUUUUAAUGAACCAAUCAGAAUUUUCAGUACAAAUGCUGCAGAUAAUUCGAAGAACACCUUUAGCAAGUGUUUCUCCCCUACUUGUAAACAGUAUUUUAAGAUGUUCACUUUGCUCUUCUUUUUGGUUACAUAAAAUUUAAUAACCUACGGUAUGUUGAAGUAGCGUCUAAAAUAGAGUAUCUAGUCUUUAUUCACAGUACAUUAUAUUGUGUAAUGCACUGGACUAAUUUUUGUUUACCAUUCAUGUAACAAAACCCAGCACAUUAUCUGCACUAAGCUCAAAGAAUGUCGCAUUUGCCUAGGCAGCUCUUUGAUAAGGGUGAUGGGAAACCGAAUAUGUACCUAUGGACUGGUGGUAACAAGGGCUUUUACUGUUCUUUUCAGUGGAACCUUCUUGGUCAAAUUGUAACUAGCUAGUAUUAUAUUUAUAUACAGGGUCUCUUUUCUUUACUGAUGUAUUUUCCUACUCAUAGCCAACCAAUAAAUUCAAUAUCUGUUUCAAAUAUUCUAAAAGUGUAAUUUGUAUAGCUGUAGUACUGAGGUUUGAGAAGAAUAAAGAUUAGCAGACCACAUAAUUAAAAUUCUGAGUCAUCUGGGACUGGGUUGUAACUCACCCUUUGAAAAGGGGGAAGGGUGAAUGGGGACGAGGGCCAUGAUGCGGGGAGAUGGUGCAUUGGCUGUGUUGUUCUGGAUAACAUAUCUUUGCCAAGGUUCAUUUUUAUACUGAGGCAACUCAUGGUCCAUUUGCAUUUAGGAAUUUUGUCAUUGUUAUCAUAUACCUCGUUAAUAUAAGAGAUGGGCUCAUGUGUCUUCCGUCUUUUGGAAGGAGUUUGACAUAUUUUAAAUAAAUGCUUUUGAAUUUAUUUACAAACAUUGUGUUGGUGGGGUUAUACUAAUUGAUUAGAUGUUUUACUUUUCACAUGUAUAUUUUAUUGUAUAUAUAAACUUUAAAAUGUGA